GGGGGCCUGAACCUGCAGAAAGACCAGGGCUCUUUGCUCUGUGCAAACCUAAAGAGGAUGUCUCCCAGUCUUCAGGAAGGUGCUCAGCUCCCGGAGAGCAAACCCUCACUCUCCUCCUUCUCAAUUGAGAGCAUUUUAGGACUGGACCAGAAAAGAGAUUGUGUUCCUUCAGUGAGACCCCACAGACCCUGGGCAGACACCUGCAGCUCCUCAGAGAAUGACAGCAACCCAUGUCUACAUGUCUCAAAUCUUCCCAGUGAGAUCUCAUUUCCUUGCAUGCUGGAUCACCUAGUGCCAGAAGAAAGGGCUUUGAAAUAUGAAAAUUACUUUUCAGCCUCAGAAAGACUCUCUUUGAAAAGAGAGUUGAGUUGGUACAGAGGCCGAAGACCAAGGACUGCUUUUACUCAAAACCAGGUUGAAGUGUUGGAAAAUGUCUUCAGAGUAAAUUGCUAUCCUGGCAUUGAUAUCAGAGAGGACUUAGCUCAGAAGCUGAAUCUAGAGGAAGAUAGAAUCCAGAUUUGGUUCCAAAAUCGGCGUGCAAAGCUGAAAAGGUCCCGUAGGGAAUCACAAUUUCUAAUGUCAAAAAAACCCUUCAACACAGAUCUUCUGGAAUAUACAGAAAAUUAAACAUCUGAGAUUCCCUUCCCGUUAUAGAACACAAGGAAUCAAUGGA